GAAAAUUUGGGAUAAAACGGUAGGUAGCAAUCGGGCUAGCAAAAAAACCCUGCCCCGGCACAGGAACAUGAAUAAUUCAAUAUUUAAUUGGCAUGCUCACAACACACCCGGAACCUGCUACGAAUAGCCAGCUUUCACCAUUCUGUUAAUAAUGUGAUAUGAGUAGUUAUUUGUAGUUUGAGUAAGGGUAAGAUAGAUAUUUUCUCUGUUCAUAAUUAUUUUAUUUUUUAGCUCAAUAUUUAACAGAUCUUUGUUACACACACAUCUAGAUAAUAAUACGAUUCAUUUUAUGAAGUAGUGAAUGUUCAGUGACAACUACUGCUAAGAAAGACGUUUGACAAAGUGAUGUGUAAACAAAGUUUAACAUUAAUUAAAACCAGAAUAUAAGAAAUGGAUACGCUAGCGAUAUUCCCAUUGAUGUUGAAUAAAACGGAACGCGGGACUGUGUACUGGGUAUGGAACCUACGUUGAAUUACAUGUUGUUUCAACGGGGGCAUCAAUUAUCCUAACAACUGUUUGUUUACAUCGGAAAUAACGCCGGUUCCCUGCUUUGCCGUCUCUUUUAAUAGCCUACGCCUGGAGCCAGAGCCAGAGACAAAUUAAUUGUUUCCAUGUUCCCAUGAUGUUAGUUAACUACAGUAGCAGCUCUGAAGAUGAAACUGAAGUUUUGGAAAAUGCAAAGAGGCGCCAAAUGUGUAACAAUGAUGGCAGGUUGAGAAAGAAACACAAGUCAGAGUUAGAGGUCUCCAGUCACAGGUAUAACGAAAAUGAACAACUGCGAUGACCAUGAGUCUCUCUCAGUUACUGGUACUAAUGCCAAAAGGCACGAGUCCAAAACGAAGUCAGAACCAACGCUUUCCAGACUGCCACUCCCUGAUAGCCUGUUGGACAUGUUCACAGGGGAAGGGGAGGACUCUGACACGGAAAACAGCUCAUGUCACAAAGGACGGAUACGCUCCUUCAAACAUGAGAGGGGGAACUGGGCCACAUAUGUGUACUUUCCAUACCUUCCAGAAGAGGAGUUCCUGGAGCUGCUGGAUGAGAUGCUGGCAUUAGCAGCGGCCCAUGGGGUCCCGCUCUCCCGGGCACAGGACUUCCACCUCAGCAUGUCCCAGACAGUGGUCCUGCGACACCACUGGAUCCAGCCCUUCAUACAGUCCCUCAGAACCGGCCUGAGCGACUGCAGGAGGCUUGUGUGUUCAGCAGAGAAACUGAGGGUCUACUCCAAUGCAGAGAAAACCAGAACCUUCCUGGGGAUGGAAGUCUCUAGUGGGCAUUCUCAGUUGUUGCAGAUAAUGAAGACAGUCGAUGGAACCAUGGAGGAGUUCCGCCUGGAUACGUUCUACAAGAAUCCAUCGUUCCAUGUCAGUCUGGCCUGGUGCGCGGGGGACUUUACUGAUUGUAUGCGUACCUGUCUACAAAAGCUCCAGGGCCUGGUUGACUGCCAUGAAGAUGGACGGUUCCUGCUGAGGGUGGACUGUCAGGAGCUUCGCUGCAAAUCAGGGAACAAGAUCUUCUCUUUCCCCUUAGUCUGCUGAUAUUUUAGUGAUGUACACGAUCUUCUCCUUUCCCUUGGUCUGCUGAGGGAAUAAUGCUGGUGUAGGACUGCUCAAAUCGAACUAGGAUCGGGUCUGACCCUAUCACCAUACUGUUACCUGAUGUAUCAUUUAUGCUGUAAAUAAAGAUUAUUUUAUCAUA